AUGCCGGAGGCCUGGGGACACGCCGGGUUGGCGGGGCGCCGGCAGGGCGUUGGCGGGGGGCCGGGUCGGCGGGGCCUGGGGACACGCCGGGUCGGCAGGGCGCCUCAUCCAUGCGGACGGUCCCAGCGUCUUCAGCCUGAAACCAUCCAGUCCUGGGGGUAUCCCAGUGAACAGUACGAAGUGCAGACUGAUGAUGGCUAUUUUCUGCUAUUAGACAGAAUUCCUUAUGGGUUACAUAGUCCUGGGAAGAAAGUGCACUUCUCAGUGAUUUUGGAAUGCCUACAGAACGCCCCCAGCUGUGUCAACCUCUACAUUAGGCCAGUGCAGCUGAGGAAGCAGUGGUCAGAAGCAGGUCGGCCAGCCAAGCUGCAGCAGGGGCGUGGGGUGAGGGUGCUCGUCAGGGUCUCAGGCUGCUGCAGCUUCCAGUGCCUCUGGAUCAGCCUGCAGGAAACCCAGCAGAUUCUCAACAUCUCCAAAGAGAACCCACAGAAAAUCCAGAAGUUGGAGUCUUACCGUUCAAAGGCUCCCAACCCCUGCCUCUCAACAGUCUCAGAAACAGAUGAGCCCCCCCCCCCACCCCCCCCCCCCCCCACCCCCCCCCCCCCCCACCCCCCCCCCCCCCCACCCCCCCCCCCCCCCACCCCCCCCCCCCCCCACCCCCCCCCCCCCCCACCCCCCCCCCCCCCCACCCCCCCCCCCCCCCACCCCCCCCCCCCCCCACCCCCCCCCCCCCCCACCCCCCCCCCCCCCCACCCCCCCCCCCCCCCACCCCCCCCCCCCCCCACCCCCCCCCCCCCCCACCCCCCCCCCCCCCCACCCCCCCCCCCCCCCACCCCCCCCCCCCCCCACCCCCCCCCCCCCCCACCCCCCCCCCCCCCCACCCCCCCCCCCCCCCACCCCCCCCCCCCCCCACCCCCCCCCCCCCCCACCCCCCCCCCCCCCCACCCCCCCCCCCCCCCACCCCCCCCCCCCCCCACCCCCCCCCCCCCCCACCCCCCCCCCCCCCCACCCCCCCCCCCCCCCACCCCCCCCCCCCCCCACCCCCCCCCCCCCCCACCCCCCCCCCCCCCCACCCCCCCCCCCCCCCACCCCCCCCCCCCCCCACCCCCCCCCCCCCCCACCCCCCCCCCCCCCCACCCCCCCCCCCCCCCACCCCCCCCCCCCCCCACCCCCCCCCCCCCCCACCCCCCCCCCCCCCCACCCCCCCCCCCCCCCACCCCCCCCCCCCCCCACCCCCCCCCCCCCCCACCCCCCCCCCCCCCCACCCCCCCCCCCCCCCACCCCCCCCCCCCCCCACCCCCCCCCCCCCCCACCCCCCCCCCCCCCCACCCCCCCCCCCCCCCACCCCCCCCCCCCCCCACCCCCCCCCCCCCCCACCCCCCCCCCCCCCCACCCCCCCCCCCCCCCACCCCCCCCCCCCCCCACCCCCCCCCCCCCCCACCCCCCCCCCCCCCCACCCCCCCCCCCCCCCACCCCCCCCCCCCCCCACCCCCCCCCCCCCCCACCCCCCCCCCCCCCCACCCCCCCCCCCCCCCACCCCCCCCCCCCCCCACCCCCCCCCCCCCCCACCCCCCCCCCCCCCCACCCCCCCCCCCCCCCACCCCCCCCCCCCCCCACCCCCCCCCCCCCCCACCCCCCCCCCCCCCCACCCCCCCCCCCCCCCACCCCCCCCCCCCCCCACCCCCCCCCCCCCCCACCCCCCCCCCCCCCCACCCCCCCCCCCCCCCACCCCCCCCCCCCCCCACCCCCCCCCCCCCCCACCCCCCCCCCCCCCCACCCCCCCCCCCCCCCACCCCCCCCCCCCCCCACCCCCCCCCCCCCCCACCCCCCCCCCCCCCCACCCCCCCCCCCCCCCACCCCCCCCCCCCCCCACCCCCCCCCCCCCCCACCCCCCCCCCCCCCCACCCCCCCCCCCCCCCACCCCCCCCCCCCCCCACCCCCCCCCCCCCCCACCCCCCCCCCCCCCCACCCCCCCCCCCCCCCACCCCCCCCCCCCCCCACCCCCCCCCCCCCCCACCCCCCCCCCCCCCCACCCCCCCCCCCCCCCACCCCCCCCCCCCCCCACCC